CGGAAGUAGUACAAUCCUUUGGCUUUCCCUGUCAAAUGCAGAUCUGAAUUACUCCAAUCUCAGCACCGAAUGGUUGCCUCACCCUUGGUCGGAGUUGCGGCAUGACUUUCCCAAUGACACCUCACCGGACUCACUGCCCCUCGGGCAUAGUUGCGAGGAUUGGUUCUUGCUAUGAAUGGCUCGGUGGCCGACAAUAUGGACACGUAGAAACUCCCCUUGAGUAACAACAAGGGGGGUAAAGUACCAUAUCAGCCUACUUGGACCACGUUUUGCUGCCCCCGAAUAUUCCCCUUUCUAACUAUUCCUCGCAAGGGUCCAUGACUUGUAAGCAGUGCUAAAUUACCACAGGCGACUGAGAAUAUUCGGAUGUCUGAUAUAAGUCUGUGCCCCCUCCUUGGAAGAGCACACCAAGCCUGCUCUAUCUUUUCAAUCUUCGUUUUUGUGUGAAGACAUGUCGGACAAGAUGGCAUUUCUCCUUUUUGGAGAUCAGUCACUGGACGUUUAUGCCUUCUUAGCAGACUUCUGUGGUGGUUCCAAGAUUCCCAGUGUGCUGGCACGAUCGUUUUUGGAGCAGGUUGGGGCUGCUCUUAGAAGGGAGGUGGAUCAGUUGUCUUCUAUUGAGCGUCAACGAGUCCCGAGAUUUGCGAGCGUGAAAGAGUUGAACGAGAAUUACCAUGGCCAUGAGGUCAAGAAUUCAGCAGUGGACAGUGCACUUUUGUGCAUUGCACAGUUAGCGCAUUACAUCGACCGUGCUGAGAAGAUGCACGAAGACUCAACAAGACCCUCAGAGACAUGCCUCAUUGGCUUAUGCACUGGCUUAUUUGCAGCAACUGCCAUCGCCUCUUCGCCGUCGCUGUCUGGACUUGUGCCAAUUGCUGUGCAAAUGGUAUUGAUGGCAUUUCGAACCGGCGCAUAUGUUACGGCCCUCGGAGACCGUCUCCACAAGCAUUCUGAAGGGUCGUCGAGCUGGACUUAUGUUUUACCCGGAAUAAGUGAGGUUGCAGCCACUUCAAUAAUUAGCGACUUCCACAAGGUCAAUCGAAUUCCAUUGGCUAGCCACACAUACAUAAGUGCAAUUACUUCAAACAGCAUCGCAGUCAGCGGACCGCCUACCACGUUGAAGGCCCUUUUUGACUCUGGCACUUUUGACAUCAAGCCCACACCCAUUCCAGUCCAUGGACCAUAUCAUGCAGCGCAUCUCCAUUCGUGGUUCAACGCGGAGAAGAUUCUCCGACUUAAAGAUGCACAGGUGCAGAGAGUCCUAGGAAACCUUACCCCGAGAUUUCCAAUUAUGUCUUGUACCACAGGAGCCUGGUACACCGAACAGACCUCACUUUCCUUGAUUCAAGCUGUGCUACGUGAUAUCCUCACAGAGCCGCUACAAUUCCACAAGGUAGUCCAAGGGUGUGUUCUGGCGGCUCAAAAUUAUCGGGGACCUCGGUGUCUGGUGAUUGCAUUUGGCCCUUCCCAAGCUGCGAAUAGCUUGGCAACUGUCCUCAAAGCGCAAACUAGCCUUGAAAUCGAUUUGCCACGAUCACUUUCAGCAAUUCCGGAGAAUCCCGCACCAAGCAAUGAGAUCAACGGUACUGGACGUACCAAACUUGCUAUUGUUGGCAUGUCUGGUAGAUUUCCUGACGCCGCGAGUCACGAGAAGUUAUGGGAACUUCUGGAGCGAGGAUUAGAUGUCCACAGGGAGGUCCCAAAAGACCGUUUCGAUGUACAAACACAUUUUGAUCCUACUGGGAAGACGAGGAAUACAAGUCACACCCCGUAUGGUUGCUGGAUCGAGAACCCAGGCCUUUUCGACCCACGAUUCUUCAACAUGUCACCGCGAGAGGCCUUUCAGACAGAUCCAAUGCAAAGACUUUCUCUGUCAACUGCAUACGAGGCACUGGAGAUGGCUGGAUACGUCCCCAAUCGCACACGAUCGACGAAGUUGGAUCGUAUCGGUACUUUCUAUGGGCAGACAUCCGAUGACUGGCGCGAAAUCAACGCGGCCCAAGAUGUUGAUACCUAUUUCAUCACCGGAGGUGUCCGAGCUUUCGGACCGGGAAGAAUCAAUUAUCACUUCGGCUUUUCUGGACCAUCUUUCAGCAUUGAUACUGCAUGCUCAUCUAGUGCGGCUGCCAUUCAGUUGGCUUGCACUUCUCUGUGGGCAGGGGAUUGUGACACGGCUGUUGUGGGGGGUGUGUCUUGUAUGACCAACUCGGACAUCUUUUCUGGACUCAGUCGUGGACAAUUCCUCUCAAAGAACGGUCCUUGUGCUACUUUCGACAACGAUGCAGACGGAUACUGCCGAGCAGAUGCUGUUGGCACUGUUAUCAUCAAGCGUCUAGAUGAUGCAUUGGCUGAUAAUGAUAAUGUCUUGGCAGUGAUUUUAGGAUCGGCAACGAACCAUUCAGCAGAUGCCAUCUCAAUCACUCACCCCCAUGGCGGAACUCAAGAAAUCCUGUACAAGAGCAUUCUUCGCCGAGCCGGCAUUGACCCUCUGGACGUUGGUUACGUUGAAAUGCACGGCACCGGCACCCAAGCCGGCGAUGGAACUGAAAUGAAAUCCGUCACCAAUGUAUUCGCUCCAAGAGAUCGCUUGAGGACCGCUGAACAGCCUUUAUUUCUCGGUGCAGUCAAAGCAAAUCUCGGACACGGUGAAGCUGCUUCCGGAAUCACUGCUCUCAUCAAGUGCUUGCUCAUGCUCCAGAAGAACGCCAUACCUCCUCACGUGGGUAUCAAAAAUACCAUCAAUAAGGGCUUUCCCAAGGACCUGUCUGAACGAAAUGUACACAUCGCUUUCCACAAGACACCCUUCCGGAAGAGGACUGUGGCACCUCGGAGAAUUUUUGUCAACAAUUUCAGUGCUGCUGGUGGCAAUACUGGAUUGCUUUUGGAGGAAGCUCCUCCCGAGAAGCGUGCAUUGACCGAUCCGCGGUCCGUGCAUGUCGUGGCUAUUACUGCAAAAUCAAAGUCUGCGAUGAUGAGGAAUGCUGAGCGGAUCUUGGCCUAUUUGGAACAGAAUCCCAAAACAAGUGUCGCGGAUUUGGCUUACACGACUACUGCUCGUCGUAUACAGCACAAUUGGAGAAUGACUGUUACGGCAUCUGACAUUUCCGAAGUUCGAUCUGGUCUCCAGUCUCGGUUGAAUGAGGGUUUUAUUCCAGUCCUUCCAGAACCACCAAAGAUCGCCUUCCUCUUCACCGGCCAAGGUUCGCACUAUCCUGCCAUGGGCAAAGAAUUGUACACCAACGCGAGUCUUUUCAAGGAGACAAUCGACGAGUAUGAUCAGAUUGCGAGAAUUCAUGGCUUUCCGACAUUCCUUCCUCUAAUUGACGGAAGUGCGCAAGACGUAUCAAGCCUAUCACCUGUCGUGGUUCAACUGGGGGUGGUGUGCUUUGAGAUGGCAAUGGCAAGGCUCUGGGACUCUUGGGGUAUCAAACCAAGUGUUGUGCUCGGGCACAGCUUGGGAGAAUAUGCCGCCCUCAAUGUGUCGGGCAUUCUCUCCGUUAGCGACACAAUUUACUUGGUGGGCGUACGAGCUCAGCUCCUUGUCGAGAGAUGCGCCGCCGGUACUCAUGUCAUGGUUGCUAUUCGAGGAUCUCUUGAUUCCGUCACAGAAACCCUCAGAGAUCGACCUACACCAGUCAAUAUUGCUUGCAUCAACGGCACACGCGAGACCGUGAUCAGUGGCCAGUCCUCGGAAAUGUCUGAGGUUUUCGAUCUUCUAUCCGAAGCCGGCUUCAAAUGCACUCAGCUGAAUGUACCCUACGCAUUCCAUUCUGCUCAGGUAGAUCCGAUCCUCGAUCAAUUCGAAAGACUGGCCGAAUCAGUACACUUCGGAGAGGAGAAGAUCCCGAUCAUCUCAUCACUUUUGGGCAGACUUCUCAACGAGCCGGAAGUCAUUGAUCCUGUCUAUCUUCGCAACCACGCACGCGAUCCAGUCAACUUCCUGGGUGGAUUGACUUCCGCCCAAGCUGCCGGUGUUGUAGAUGAAAAGACUGUCUGGCUUGAGAUUGGUCCUCAUCCAGUUUGUCUGGGCAUGGUGAAAGGCACCCUUGAAAAUGCCCACAUCACGGCAUCAACACUGAGACGGAACGAAAGCGCAUACAAGACUAUCAGUAAUUCCUUGUGCGCACUUCACACCGCCGGCGUCAACAUGGAUUGGAAUGAGUACCAUAGGGACUUCAGUGACUCUGUGCAUCUCCUUGACUUGCCUAGUUACUCCUUUGAUGACAAGAAUUAUUGGAUCCAGUACGAGGGAGACUGGUGUUUGACAAAGGGCCAGCUUCCGACUGGUAAGCCCACGCCGCUUAUCGAGAACGCCAAACCGAAGCUCUCCACAACCACUGUACACACUGUCACGAGCGAGAUCAUCGAAGGAGACGUCGCUAUUGUAUCCAUAGAAUCCGAUCUGGCCAAGCCUGGACUUCGAGAAGUUGUUACGGGGCACGUCGUCAACGGGACCAUGCUUUGCCCAUCAUCACUCUACGGAGACAUGGCAGUCACGGUGUGUGAUUACGCCUACAAGCUUGUUCGACCGGAUGCAACAAAUCUCGGUAUUGAUGUUGCAAACAUGCAAGUUCCCAAGUCACUGCUUGCCAGGCCCGAUGGAGCCAGCCAGAUCCUCCGACUCACGGCUCGGGUAGACACCAAAGCUGGCAGCGGCCAAUUAAGCUUUUCAACUGGAUUGGACAAAGAAAAAGUUGAACACGCCACUUGUGACGUCUUCUUCGGUGACACCAAGGCGUACCUUUCUGAGUGGCAGCGAACUGCCUACCUCAUUCAAGCUCGGGUCGACUGGCUCAAGGAAGCCGAACAGAAUGGCAGGGCCCACAAAAUCGGCCGUGGCUUGGCCUACAAGCUCUUCGCCAAUUUGGUAGAUUACAACGCACGAUAUCGUGGAAUGCAAGAGGUGAUUCUUCACAGUGAGAACCUAGAGGCUACUUCGAAAGUCGUUUUCCAAACUUCCAAAGAUGAUGGAACUUUCGUCUGUUGCCCUUACUGGAUCGACAGCGUCGCCCAUAUUUCAGGCUUUAUUAUGAACGGGUCUGAUGCCAUCGACUCCAGGGAAAGUGUAUACAUAUCUCAUGGUUGGGGAUCCAUGAGAUUCGCCGAACCGCUAUCUGCGGAGAAGACAUAUCGAUCAUACGUCAAAAUGCAGCCUACCGAACCAAACGUAGUUGCUGGCGAUGUCUUCAUUUUCGAUGGUGAUCGGAUUGUGGCAAGUGUAGGUGGCUUGAAAUUUCAGUGCAUCCCACGCCGGGUGUUAAACAUGGUCCUGCCUCCUGUUGGUGUAGCAAAGGCCGCCCUACCUGCAAACCCCAAGCCUGCCCGCCAGAGCGUGCCAGCUCCGAAGCCCUCGAAAAAGUCAAAGAUGGACGCGACCUCGCAACUGAGCAAAGCCAACAUUGCCACUGUCAACACAAAACUUCUCUCAGUAUGCUCCCAAGUGCUCCAAAUCUUGGUAGCAGAGGUCGGAGUUGGAAUUGACGAGUUGGUUGACAACAUCAGCUUCUCGGAUCUUGGUGUCGACUCCCUCAUGUCCUUGACGGUCAGUGGAAGGAUCCGCGAGGAGCUGGAGAUUGAAGUUCACUCGCACGAUUUCAAUGAUCAUCCGACCAUCGGAGCUUUCAAGACUUUCCUUACCAAGUUUGAGACCUCGAAACCCAUUCCAACCUUAGACUACAGCCCAACGGAAUCUGACGAUCAUUCAACACCCGAACUUAUGAACGACUCCAAUGUGACAACACCUCCCGAAGACCCUGUCGUCUUCGGGGAAGAGACUGGGGAAAGCCUCGGUGAACUCAUCAGAACCACAAUUGCAGAGGAACUGGGCGUCGAUACAUGUGAGAUCGCUGAUACAGUCGACCUCACAACUUUGGGUCUGGACUCUCUCAUGAAUCUGACAAUUCUUGGACGACUCCGAGAGAAAACCGAUCUCACACUCCCUGGUGAUCUGUUCGUGACCAGCCCAACAAUUCGGGCUAUCGAAAAGACGCUGUGCAUCGGUGCACCGAAGAAGGCGCCACCACCUCCACCUGUUACGAAACCAAAGCAGCUCAAAGUCUCACCACUAACUCCAACUAGCGGCCCCGAGCGUCUUGCCACUUCAGUUUUGAUUCAAGGGAACAUGAGAAAGGCAACAAAAUACCUCUGGCUGGUCCCCGACGGAGGUGGAUCUGCAACUUCGUAUGUUGAGAUUCCCGAGCUGGCAGCUCACGUAGCAGUCCUUGGACUGAACUCGCCAUACAUGAAAGUCCCAGAAGAAUUCAAAUGCGGUGUCAUUGGCAUGGCAACCGCCUUCAUUGUGGAAAUGAAACGACGUCAACCAAUCGGACCAUACCUCCUGGCGGGUUGGAGUGCUGGGGGGGUCAUCGCAUUUGAGAUUACCAACCAGCUCACGAAGAAUGGCGAAGACGUCGAGGAACUCAUUCUCAUUGAUUCGCCAUGCCCAGACAUCAUCGAGCCUCUCCCAUCUUCGCUACACAGAUGGUUUGCUUCAAUCGGACUCCUCGGGGGGCGAGGUGACGGCGCCCAGCCCGACGAUUCGAAGAUCCCACCAUGGCUCCUACCUCACUUCGCUGCCUCAGUGAACGCAUUGUCAAAUUACAGUGCGGAGAAGAUCGAUCCAAAAAGGAGUCCGCACGUGACGGCAAUCUGGUGUGAGGACGGUGUCUGCAAGCUACCUACAGAUCCAAGACCAGAUCCGUUCCCAUACGGUCACGCCCAGUUCUUACUGGACAACCGGACUGAUUUUGGCCCGAACAUAUGGGACAAGUAUCUCAAUUCUGAUAGACUUAUAACAAGGCACAUGCCUGGGAAUCACUUCACGAUGAUGAAAAAGCCAUAUGUAAAUAUGUUGGGUGACUUAAUUAGAGAUGCGGUGCUAAAGAUUAAUUAAUGUUUCAGACUUUGUUUGUUUUUGUUGGCAUGCAUUCUGUCCAAGCUCUCCUGUGGCGAAUUGCUUUGAUAUAGUGCCGUGUAAUUGUUUCUCUUCUCGCAUGUUAGAUGCAAUGAAAAAUCUAUCACGAUUCCCCAUGGUGUAAACAACAGAAGAAGAAUUAUGUGACGUGGAAAGCUGCGCGGGGAUGACCCGUGGAAGUCAUUAUCCAAUCCACCGGUUGCCAGGGUAACACAAGUCUGGCCGCUUCUUCCGAUCUGCC